CGUUAUAUCUUCAAAAUCUUUGAAAAAACCUUAUCUUUCUACACUACUACAACGAAAAAAAUAAGGAAAACUCAGCAGCCUUAGCAUUUUCAACAACAAUGGCUUCUUCUUCACUUUCUUCUCUCCAGUUCCUCUUCGUAACCCCACAAACCUUUUCUUCUCUAAAACCAAAUUCAAUAACAACUUCAUUUUCCUUCUUUUCUCUUCCUUCUUCGUUCUCUCUAAAUCUUUCUUUAUCUUCUUCAACCCUUUCUAUGAAGCCUUUUGAAUCGUCUCGUUUUGUUCGUAAAGUGGCGUUGUCGGAAUUUGAUCAGUUGGAGGAUGGUGUUGAAGAGGGAGAAGAAGAGCCGAGUUUCUCUCCGGACCUUAAACUGUUUGUUGGUAAUUUGCCGUUUAGUGUUGAUAGUGCUGCCCUUGCUGAGAUUUUUGAACGUGCUGGGAAUGUUGAGAUGGUUGAGGUUAUAUAUGACAAGCUCACAGGGAGAAGCAGAGGGUUUGGUUUUGUGACAAUGUCUACGAAGGCAGAAGUGGAAGCUGCUGAACAACAAUUCAAUGGAUAUGAAAUUGAUGGGAGGGCAUUGAGAGUGAACUCUGGGCCAGCACCAGACAAAAGGGAGAAUUCUUUUGGAGGUGGACGUGGUGGGAGAAGAGAGAAUUCUUCUUUUGGAGGUCCACGUGGUGGGAGAAGUUUUGAUAGCUCCAACAGAGUCUAUGUAGGGAACCUCUCAUGGGGUGUCGAUGACCUUUCACUUAGAGAAUUGUUCAGUGAACAAGGCAAAGUUGUGGAUGCCAAGGUAGUCUAUGACAGAGAUAGCGGUAGAUCAAGGGGCUUUGGCUUUGUGACAUAUAGUUCCGCUACAGAGGUCAAUAAUGCAAUUGAUAGCUUGAAUGGUGUUGACCUUGAUGGCAGGUCCAUACGCGUGAGUGCUGCUGAAGAGAGGCCCCCCAGGCGUCAAUUUUGAAUGUGUUAAAUUACAUCUCUUUUGAUUGGGGAAGAACUUGAGGGUCUGGAAAUGCUGAAAAUUGCGGCAAAGCUCAUGAAUUGUUUGCACCUUCAGCACCUGUUACUUUUACACCAAAGUUGGUACAAAGUUUUUGGUAUCUAAGAUUAAUAGAGCACUCACAAUUAUAUUUUCUAUUAAAAGUAAAUGUUCCAAAAUUGCCUUGGGGGAAAGAUUCUGACCUGUAAGUAAUAUUAUUUCCAUUAGUUGAUGAUGGACUAGACAAAUGACGUUAGAUCAAUCUUUGGGAUGUAUCUUGGUGGUGAACCAUUCGUCUUAUAAAUGAACAUUCUGAAUGUGUUGCGCAAA